GCAUACAUGCAAAAAUAUAAUUUGCACAGGUGGCAUCACUUUCGUGCAAUGCUGGCAUAGGCCGUUGCGUUUACCAACACUAAGCUGAUAUUUACUUGUGUUGUUGCUGCUGCCGCUGCGCCGUCUUGUGUUGGCAGAGUGUAUGAGCAGAGACCGCAUAAUUUAAUGGGCUCCACCAAUUGAAGCAAACGAGAAAAGUGUAGCCUUAAUUUUUACACAGAUAUAGCCAGCAAAAUGAAUUUUCCUCUGGCGAAUGCAAACAAGGACAACUUGCGUGCGGCAUGCAAGAAAUGCGGCUAUGCGGGUCACCUGACAUACCAAUGCCGGAAUUUUCUCAAGGUGGAUCCCAACAAGGAGAUUCUGCUCGAUGUGGAGAGCACCAGUUCGGAUUCAGAGCUCGAGUAUUUAACGCCGCUGACUGAGCUGCGUGCCCAAGAAAUUAAAGGCGGCGCCGGCGAGGCAGCUGGUACAACAAUAACAACAACAGCAACAACGGCGACGACGAUUAAAUCUGGAGCUGCAGUGACGGUAAAGUCACCGAUAUCGGCAGCAAGCAAACAUAAUAAGAAGCGCACCAAGGCUGCCACGAAAUCAAAAAAAUCCGUUCUGAAGCAGAAGCACAAACACACCCACACACACAAGAGGAGCAGGAAACACAAAAAGAGCAGCAACGGCGGGGGCGGCGAAAAAACAAAGUCCAGCGCUGUCGCCUCCAAAGAUGUGAAGAAAAAGAAACAUCACAACAACAGCAAGAAGAGCAAAAGCAAACGCUCAAAGCAUCGUCACAACUCGACAAGUAGCGAGAGCAGCUCUUCGAGUAGCUCCUCGUCCUCGUCUUCAUCCUCAACGUCAUCAAAAUCGGAGUCAUCGAGCAGCGACACCGAAUCGGAUUCCAGCGAUAAUGAAGAGUCCAGCACCAGCGAAUCGGACGAAUAUGGACGCAAAAAGAAGCGUCAAGGCAAAUACAAACGCAAAGCAGAGCCUGAAGCUCUUCGUCGCAAGAAGACGAAGGUCAAGCGGAAGCGCCAUCGUGUCGGUGGCUCCAGUGCCACGGGCGCUGGCAGCUAUUUGAGUAGCUGCAGCGACAGCAGCACCUACUGAGAUUGUGUACAAGUAGCUCGACGGAGAAAGAAGCCGAAGCAUGCGCCAACAUAUUUUAGAAACAUUCUAGACAUUAAGCCGUACACGCAAAAAUAGUUUGUUAGUUUUUACUGCAGUUAAAAAGUGCAUUGCAGCUUAUACAUGCUAUAUAUCCGAACAACAAUGACGAUGAUUUUAGGUAUUAGUGGAAUUUUUAUGAAUGUUUUUUUUCUAGGCUGUUUUCCUAAAUGCGUGUGAUCUCUGUAUAAUCUCUAUUCACAUUUACAUUUUUAUUCAAUUGGCUCGAUUUACACAUAACUUCAGUAUAGUUUUUCUUUUUACGCAUAAUAAUCUUUUCAAAAUUAUUUCAUUCGCCAGCUGGUUUUGUUUGAAAGGAAAAUUGUUAAGAUGCAAAGUUCAGGUCGCUGGCUUGUAUGGACGAAAGAACUCACACCCUAGGCUAGUUUAUACAAACAAUCUUGUAAGGCCUUCCUUCAACACACACACUCACGGAAAUUUCAAUCCUGUCAAUUAGAUGGGCGCAUGCUUGGAUGCAAGUGUAUGUGCUUCCGAAACAUAAAGAAAUGAAUAAAAAUGCAAAGCUCAGGCACACCUCUAAUUAGAGAGCAACACUCCGACUGCCUGUUGAGUCAUCCCCAUAUCCACAACGAAGCAAAUCAUUUAGCAUUAUGUUGCAUUGUUCGCCCAUUGCCAUGGGAACCCUAGACUCAUCUUAGUUUUAAAACGAGCCCCUACAUAAGCGAGCCACAGGGCAGCUAUGCAGAAACUGAAACUACAACUAGCUCAUAUCUAUGUACAAGUUAAAAGGCUGCAACUAGCACGAUUGCGCCAUUCGGGAGUUAUAUAUGUACAUAUAUGUAUGAUUUAAAAAUCGAGAAAUAAAUGGAUACAACAAA